CAUUUUGCACAAACGUCUGGCGUGAGCCCCAUUUUCAUAUUCUGUGUAGUUAUCGCUUUUCUUUUAUAGAACGAGUAUUUAGCGUUUCAGCCAGUGUGAUAUAUUUAGUUCCUACUUUGCCACAUUAAGUGACAUUAGGUAUGGCUGUAUGGAAACUAAGCACAUAAGGAGCUCUUGGUGUGCAUCCCAUCUUCACCUGCAGCCCUCACAUAUUUGCUUGCAGAAGCAAAGGUAGCCAUAGCAGCAGAAACAUGGACGCGGUCCUGAGCAGGUUGAGAGGUCUCAGUGCCGACGACUUAAGGGAGGAGAUCCUUAAAAACAAUCUGAAGUGUGGUCCCAUCACUGCCACGACAAGAGCCAUAUUUGAGCGCAAGCUAGCCAGAGCCCUAGUGGAGAAUGCUGGACCCACUGAGCCUGACAGCAGUGGCAGUAACGGUGCCUCUGCAGGGAUGGACAGCUCUGGGAGUGUAGUGCCAGCCAAACAGCCACCUAGUGUCACAUCAGCAGCCCAGGAUCCAGUUGCAGUUGAGGAUGGGGAUUUUGGGUACGACUUAGGCCUUAACCCACCGGAGGAGGAGGCUCUGACGAAUUGGAGCGGAACGGUGUGCUGUAAUGUAGAGAAUUCACAGGCACAGACACCCUCUAAAACGGCACAAGUGUCACCCACUUUCUUCUAUGGGGUGUGUCCGCUGUGGGAGGAUGUAUUGGCAAGGAAUGAGAGAGCCCAUGUGUACACGGAUAAGAAGGAUGCUUUGCAGGCAGUAAAAAUGAUGAAAGGGGCUCGAUUUAAAGCUUUCACCAAUCGUGAGGAUGCUGAGAAGUUUGCCAAAGGCAUUUGCGACUACUACCCUUCACCUAGUAAAAGCACUCCCUGCGUUUCUCCUGUCAAACCUGGCCUGGUGUUCGGCAAAGACCACACAUCUAUGAUGGAGGCAGACACUAUUAACAGGGAAAAGGCAAACAGUUUUAAAAGCCCUCGCACUCAAGACUUGACUGCAAAGCUGAGGAAGGCGGUGGAGAAGGGAGAUGAGAUGGCUUUCUCUGACCUGGUCUGGAGCAACCCUCGUUACCUCAUCGGGUCAGGGGACAACCCUACUGUAGUUCAGGAGGGCUGCAGGUAUAAUGUGAUGCAUGUGGCUGCUAAGGAGAAUCAGCCAGGCAUUGUCCAGCUUUUGUUGGACACUCUGGAGAACCCAGAAUUCAUGCGACUUAUGUACCCAGAUGACCAGGAGAGCAUGCUGCAGAAACGCAUCCGAUACAUUGUAGACCUGUAUCUCAAUACGCCAGAUAAAGCUGGGUUCGAGACACCUCUCCACUUUGCAUGUAAGUUUGGCUGCCCAGAGGUGGUAAACAUACUCUGUUCUCAUCCAGACAUAGACAAGAACUGCCAGAACAAGUACAACCAGAAACCCACUGAGCUUAUUUGUGAAAGAAUGAAAGAAAAAGGUAAAGUCCAGGAAGUCAAGCAAAAGAUAAAUGAAUAUUUAGAAGAUCGAUUAUAUAUACCCUUAUUGAGAGCCACUGAUAACUCCUCUCAACCUGUGAUUGGUGCUCCAUGGUCACCUGAGCCAAUGGAAAACCUGUCACCAAGGUUACCCAGAAGCCCAAAGGAUCCUGUUAUGGCAGUCAGGGCCUAUGCUGGGCCUUUAAGUCCAUCUAAAGCUGAUGAGUUCAGACGGGCAUGGAAGACACCUCCCAGAGAAAGGGCUGAUCAUUUCCACAGCAUUUUAAAGUCUGACCCAGAUCGUGGGGCAGAAAGAGUUGGCAGAGAUCUGGCUCGUGAGCUUGGUCACCCCUGGGCAGAAUACUGGGACUUCCUGGAUAGUUUUGUGGACCUGUCAUCUACAGAAGGCCUGAAAAUGCUUGAAGAAUACCUCAGUAAAAAGGACUUCAGGGAAUGCUCUCAUGAAGAGGCGGGAGAGAAUGAAACCAGCAACAGGUUUAGAACCCCAUCUCCAGGCAAACUGAAUAAGUUCUGUAACUCCAUCUCUGUGGGGGCAUUUCUGGAUGAGGGUGAUGACAUCAGUCUGGAGGAGAUCAAAAACAGGCAGAAUGCUGCUCUCACCAGCAUCUCUGCUGUAUGCUCCAAAGAUAGCCUGCAGGGGGCGGUAGGGGGUCUUGAGUUUCACAUCCUCCCUGUCUCGCACAGCGCUGAUCUCAUAGAGGUGGCAGCAGAGCAGGAUCUUCUGCUGUCUGAGAACACUUUACUCUCCACUUGUAAAAAUGGCCUGUGUGAACAGGGCCCCGGGGACAGGACUCCAAACGGGGACAAAAUGUCCCCUCGCAUCUGCGGCACCUCCAAUUCCAGUAUGCUGUCACCCAUCUCCAACCUAAUGGCAGAGUUUGAGAGGAUGUCUCUGCUCGAUGAGCCCGAAAGGACAAACCGAGAGAGGAGAAGGAGUGGAGGGAAACGUUACAGAGACGCCCUGGCCACAGAGCUCUCGUCAGGGCUGGGCCAUCUCUCGUUGUCCUCUGAAGACGACUCUGUGUUUGAGAAGGACAGGACGUCGCUGUUAAGAGCAACUGAGAAGGAUGAAGGGGAAAGAAGAACGGAAGAUGUGAGGUCCAGCGCAAGUUCAGACGAAUACUUUCUAGCCAAUGAGAGGCUAGAACCGAUGAGCCAAAGGACUAUGGAGGCUCCAGGGGGAGAUCGCACAAUCUGUGCAAGGUCAAAGUCCUGGGAUCGUGGGGGGAGAGACCUCAGCUCCUCAGGGUCUUCCAGCUCCUACAGAUCUCUCGACAGCUCUCAGGACUUCAUAUUGAGGACACCUCCCAGAAUGGCGAAAAGACUCUUCAUCGAAGGGGAUUCGCCCACCAAGUUGGACAGGCAGGUUUUGUUGGCUUUACAAGCUACAGACAUUGACCCUCUGAAGUUUCCCAGCAUUCACAAAUGGAAGACCACAGUUCAGACAUAUUCCAACUUAGAAAUGCAAAGCUGGCAGACUCCUGCUGUAUGCAAGAGCCAUUUCAGGCCUCACUCUGUAACCCCUGGCUCUCCAGCAAGCAACCUCAUGUCCCCCGUGAGCCGUUUUAGUCCAGUUCGUCACAUGGGCUCAGCAGACUUCUGCAGCCCUGGACGCUACAGCCCAGCACACUCUAACUACAGCCCCGCUCAUUCAAACUAUAGCCCUGUAAGCUACAUCCAACGCAUCCGUCUCAAACACUUCGGCGAUGCCCCCAUUUAACAAAUGCUCUCUAUCCUGCCUAGCCCCGUCCUGAAUUUCUACCAGUUAAUAACUGUCUGAAAUGACAAACUCGGCGUGAGCUGUUUCAAAGGAUGGAAUGUCGCCAAAGAAAAUGAUGUCAUAAUGGAAGAUUUGAAGAGAGAUUUGAAUCUGCUCAAAUUGGUCUCUAAGUGUAGUCGAAAUCGCUGUUAGGAUCUCACAACAGGCCCUGUUUCAGUUUGUAAGCACUUAGGUUCUAGUAUAGAACACAAUUCAAAUAAUAUGCACUUCUCCCAGGGGUUCCUGAAUCAGUAUAUAUACACAUAUACAGUAUAUAUGAUACUUCUGUGUAUGACAUCCAGUGUGUUAAUCUGUGAUGGUUGUAUAGACUUUUUCUAACACAUUUUUCUUUUUAUUUCUUAUCUAUGUAUGUAUGUAUGCUUUGGGAAAUGUAUCUGUGGAUAACGAUUUACAAAGCUGUGUCGUUAAGGGAAAAUUAGGAAUUGUUUUAUUUAACAGUGAUUUAAAUUAUAGGAAAAAAGAUAUUCAAUAUGUAAACACGUAAAUCCAGAGAUAAUUUAAAAUGAUAUAGUAGUAAAUUAUUGAAUUAUUUUUGUUGUCAGUAGCACAAAAUGCUGAUUUUAAUGGGUGUUUUAAAGAAAAAAAAAUAAAGUAAAACAACUGCCAGAUGUUGUUUUUAUUCUGUAAUUGGGGAACUGCCUUAAAUUUCUAAGAGUAAAGACCAAUCUCUGAAAUUUCAUAACUCGAUAGCAGGUGUUUAUUCAUGCAUUAUUAAUAGCAGCCUUAGGUGUUUGAUAAAAUAUGAGGUCUAUUAAGGAAGACUUGUGAAAAUAUUCCCCUUUUUAUUUUAUUUUUUUAAUUCAAUAAAUGUGAUUUAUUAUUUCUAAUAUGUAUUUGUUUUGCACUUUUAAUUUGUCAGUUCAUUUUGACUACAGUUGAUUUAUUAUGACUGUGGAUGGUAAAUUAGUACUGAUGUUGCAUAAAUGUCAUAAUAGCUACAAAACCUACAUGAUUAUGGAUCCAGAGUGUUGUAAAUGCACUUUAAAUGCAUUCUGAAAUGUGUGCAUAGAUCAUUGUCCCACUCCCACAUCACUGAGUCCAGAACAUUCUUUGUGGUACUUUAAGAUCUAUUAUUUGUGCCCAUAAUUUUCAGUGUAAUGCUGGCCUGUUGAUCUUUGCUUUGUAAAGCUUUAGUGCCUUUGAUUACAAUCUGUUUAGAAGGGCCCAUGGGUCCUCAGUGUAUAAAGGAUGCACAGACCACAUUCAAGCUAAAUACUCCCCCCCCCCCCC